AUGGCGUCGUCGCCGGCGUUCGACCGCGAGCUGCAUGCGCACUACUUCCUGAGCCACUUGCGGGCGCUGCCCGCGGCGUACGCGUCGCAGGACUCGCAGCGUGUGGUCGUGGCCUUCUUCUGCGUCCACGGCCUCGCGCUGCUCGGGAAGCUCGCGGACGUGGACCGACGCCGAGUCAUUGAGUGGGUCUACAGCCUCCAAGUGCCGACGACCGGCGGCUUUCGAGGCGGGACGUACCUCGGACCCGUCGUGGGCGGAUUCGCGAGCGACGCGUCCGACUCGGGCAAUAACAUCGCGUCGACGUUUGCUGCGCUCUGCAUCCUCCGCACGCUCGGCGACGACCUCAGCCGCGUGGACAAACGCGCGAUCGUGCGGUCGCUCGCGUCGCUGCAGAACCCCAACACGGGGAGCUUCUCGUCUGUGGCCGAGGGGUCCGAGCAGGACAUGCGCUUCGUCUACUGCGCCUGUGCCAUCGCAUACAUUCUCGACGACUGGUCCGGCAUUGACCUCCUGGCCAUGAAGCGCUUCAUCCACUCGUGUCUGAGCUACGACGGCGGCAUUGGCCUCGACGUGGGCGCCGAGUCGCACGGUGGGGCGGCGUUCACGGCCAUUGCGUCGCUGGCGCUAUGCGGACAGCUGCCGCAGCUCGAAGGCGACGUGCGGUCGGCGCUCGUGCGGUGGCUGGUCUUCCGCCAGCAGCAGCGCAGCGGCUUCCAGGGCCGCAUCAACAAGCGCCCCGACUCGUGCUACGCGUUCUGGAACGGCGCGACGCUCGCGCUGCUCGACCAGCACGCGCUCGUGGACGUCGCGAGCUGCCAGCGCUUCAUCUACUCGUGCCAAUGCCCACGCAGCGGAGGGCUGUGCAAGUACCCCGCGACGCAGCCCGACGUGAUGCACUCGUACCUCAGUCUCGCGUGGCUCAGCAUCGCCGCCCACGCGAGUGCCGACACAGACGCACCCGAGUCGCCUCGACUCGUCGCCCUCGACACGAAGCUCCAAGUGCCCUUCUUCCCAGCGCUCCCACGCAAGUAG